AUGAACAGGCAUACCGGUUAGACUUGAAGUGCAGUUUUCUCAUUCCUCCUUACUGACCUACUGCAGUUCAGCUGGAAGGAGGCUUGCAUUAAAGCAUGUCCACAGAGAUGUGACAGAGGUGGCUGUCUGAGCUGCGAAUGAAUCUCUCAGCAGUGGUGGCCUAAAGGACCCAAAGCUGUAUGCCUCUCGGGUUUUCGAUGGAUCCCUUUCAGAGAGACUACGGGCAAGCACAGGAAGGCGGCAUAGACAUUCCAAUGCCCCUGACUGACCAAUGCCAACCGGUGCCUCCUGCCAGUCAGGUUUUCACCACCUUGCAAGACUUGGACCACUUUGAUUUGUACAGAUCCCUUCAGUCUCAGUCCCUGCCCCAGGUCUGGUCCCAGUCUUCCGCCGCUGCUUUGGUUCCAUGGGAAGUGCAAAACCCAGGUCCUGGAGGCUGUGCCCAGGAAGACCCAGUUUCUCAGUUGACUGGGCGCGAUGCAAGGACUACUAGCAAGGAGCCGACAAAGGGGGAGCCCACCGGCCCCCCUCCUAUACCGCCCCGGACACGACCCAUCAGCCACCAGCCGAACAUCGCUCACAGGCAGGUCUCCUGUGACACGGGCAAUCCUCAUGGUCAUAAAGUCGUCCGAUCCAACACUGUGACAGUUGAUAAUCCAUGGGUUAUUAACUUGAUUGACACACCUGAAGGCAGUAAUGAAAGAAUCGUGACCUUCUGCAAGUCAACGUCCAAGCUCUUGACUAAGUACCCCCACACUGACAGUGCGUUCAACAUGGGGGUGGUCUGGGGCCGUGUGUCCCCCGUUCACCCCACGCUGUCUCAAGACGCCAAGGUCACCCUCGCGGUGUCCACCCCGUGGCUACCCCAUCCGCUCCCUUUCCCCACCCUGGUGAACAGAACGGUGCAGAACUUGAUCACGGAGAUCCUCCAGCUACUGGAAGUUAGACCCAGCUUCAAUGAACGGUGUCUCCUGAAGCUGUGUGACUCUGAGGAGUAUCUCAGCAAUGAUGAAGUUCUAGGGGCUUAUGAGAGCAUCCAGUCCUACAUGAAGUUCAACACUGAGGCUCCUGUCAGGCUGCUGCUUUGGAACACUGUGGACUACCGGCUGCUGCGAGAUGGUGAAGAUGAGGCUCGGCCCUUCCACCUGAGCCACCUUCUCGGUUCCUCUUACGCCUUCAACAUAUCAAGGGUGGCACUGGAGGAUAGGCUGAACCGUUACAGCCAGGAGAUGCACCAGCUUAUGAGGAGCAAGUGUGGGAGCAAUGUCAGACAGAUAAUGGAGGAGGUUCAGACCAUCUGCAGUUUGCUGUAUGGUGUGUCAACCGAAGAAGUAGAGGAUGCCAUCAGACAGCUCAAUAGAAUCCCCCGUUCAAUGCUGAGUCCCCAGGAAAUGCCUGAAUGUGAAACAGCGGUCAUUAUGCUCCACCAGGCCCUGGGCGGUCUGCUUCACAUCUUCUUCGACAACUUCUACUCUGACUUCAGGAACCCGGGCCAGCCGCCCCCGCCCGUCGCCGACGUGGUGCGGAACAUAGACAUCCUACAGGUGGACCUGUCGGCAGUCUACAGACUUCAGCACAGCUGGCUCAGCAGUUAUGAUUACUUUUGCAUGUCCUGUGCACUGACAUACAACGGGAAGAGGCUGUGCGAGGUCGGCGUGUCGGAGAACAUCUGCACUGCCCUGGCGUCGGGCAGCAAGAUCCAGUGCAACAGAAUGAUCGUUUUCCCGGUCCAGGUCAGACAGCUGCCGUACGAAUCCAUGCUGACCUUCCGGCUCAUGGGCACCAAGCAGGGAAAGAGCCCAGAGCUCCUGCGGUGGGCAGUCCUGCCCCUGUACAGUAACAGGACGCUCGUUAGUGGCACCGUUCUACUUUCCAUGUCCAUGCUGGUUGAGCUGACAGAUCAGCCAACGCCAGCUGUGUCAGAUGGACACAGGCAGGCCUCAGGGGUCAUCCUGCAGGUGAAAUUUCCAGAAGCUCACAGGUGGCAGUAUGAGAGACCAAAAGCUCGUCCCUGCUCCUUGUUUGUUACUCCUCCUUGUGAAGAGCUACGCCAAAAGAUCAUGAGGGUUUCGCAAAGGCACUGCCUGCCUUUACUGACAGAAAACGAGAAGGCCUUCCUGUGGAGCAAAAGGCACUCUUGUAAUGAGGAGAACACCUCCCUGCACCUCCUCCUGGGCAGUGCCCCCGAGUGGGGACCUGGAGACCUGGUGGAGAUCUACACGAUCCUAGAACACUGGCGCCUGCAGAAGCCAGAGGAGGCUCUGUUUCUGCUCAAUAACAGCUUCCACGACCAGAAUGUCCGGAGGGUUGCGGUGCAGUACUUGGAGCGGGCAUCGGACGCGGAGGUGGAGGAGUACCUGCCUCAGCUGGUCCAGUCUCUUAAGAUGGAGUGGGAGCUGGAUGGGCCUCUGAUUCUGUUUUUUCUGGACCGGUCUCUGCGUAGCAUUCGUGUGGCUCAGCAGCUCUUCUGGAUGCUGGAGGAUGCCCUGGAGGACGCCCCCUACAGGAGCUGGUACAGCAAGGUGCAGGCGGCUCUGAGGCACUGCGGCGGGCACGUACUGAGGCAUGAGCUGGAGCAGGAGGCGCACCUGGUCACGCUGCUGACCCAGGUGGCCGAGCGGGUCCGCAUGGCCGACAAGUCCAAGAGAAAGGAGGUGUUAAAAAAAGAAAAAAUGAAAAUCAAUGACCUCUUCAAGGACGGGGUUAUGUGCCGUCUUCCUCUGGACCCUGCUGUCUUGGUGAAGGGAGUGGACGUGGAUGCCUGCAAGUUUUAUAACUCCAACGCAGCACCUCUGGGGGUGUCCUUCAUCAAUGCUGAUCCCCAGGGCAGGAAUGUCAGCAUCAUCUGCAAGACAGGUGACAACCUGCGGCAGGACAUGCUGGUGCUGCAGGUGGUGCGUGUGAUGGACAGGGUGUGGCUGCAGGAAGGCCUGGACAUGCGUAUGGUCACGUACAGGUGCCUGUCCACCGGCAGAGACCAGGGGCUGGUGGAGGUGGUGCCAGAGGCCGUGACCCUGGGUAAGAUCCACCAGGAGUGGGGUUUGGGCGGGGCCCUCCGAGAGGAUACCCUGGAGAAGUGGUUUCACAUGUGGAACAGGACACAGGAGGACUACGAAGAGGCGGUGAUGAACUUCUUGCACUCCUGUGCGGGCUGGUGUGUGGCCACCUUCAUCCUGGGCAUCUGCGACCGGCACAACGACAACAUCAUGCUGAAGCACAGCGGACACAUGUUCCACAUCGACUUCGGCAAGAUCAUGGGCAACGCACAGAAGAUUGGCAACAUCAAAAGGGACAGAUCUCCGUUCAUCUUCACGUCCGAGAUGCUGCACUUCAUCACGGGAGGGGGCCGGAUGCCCCAGCGCUACCACAGGUUUGUGGAGCUGUGCUGCGAGGCCUUCAACAGCAUCCGCAAGCGCACCGCGCUGGUGCUCAGCCUGCUGCAGCUGAUGCUGGGGGCUGGCAUGCCGGAGAUGAAGGACACUCAGGACCUGCAGUAUGUUUACAACAACCUGCGACCUCAGGACUCCGACCUGGAGGCCACCUCCUACUUCACCAGGAAGAUCAAAGAGAGCUUGAGCAGCUUCCCGGUCAAGAUAAACUUCCUGAUCCAUACCAUGGUUCAGCUCCCGUCCGUCAAGCGGACGGGCCCGCCCCUUCAGACCCAGACGGCCACGCCCAACACCAACAUCCAGGAGGCCGUGAUCCAGAAGUACACGGGGAGCGGCAAGGGUGUGAUGUUUGAGGUGAAAGUGACCAUUGAGGAUGGCUUUCUGUACAUUGAGAAGACCUUUGGCCAGUUUGAACUGAUCCACAGGGAGCUCCAGGAACACUUCAUAGAGUCAGCACUCCCCCAGUUCCCCAGCUGGUACAAGAUGUCUUUUACUCCAGCCAGGAAAAUGUCCCUCCUGAAUAAAUACCUGAAGCAGCUGUUUGAGGGGCCGUGCAAAGGCAAUGAAUUUGUGUGCAGUUUGUUUCUGGAUGGUCCUAAGAGAGCUGCAUCAAUUAAAUCUGCUGUAAAAGGCCCGGCCGCUCCACCCGCCCCUCAGAUCCAGCUCUUCAUGUCUCACGAGGACCACAAGCUGUCGGUGAUGGUGAAGCACCUGAAGAACAUCAGGCUUCCCAAUGGGUCCUGCCCUGACGCCUAUGUGGUCACUUACCUGCGUCCCGACCCACACAACCAGUCUAAGAAGAAGACCAAGGUGGUCCGCAACAAUGAAAACCCCACCUUCAACGAGCUGAUCGAGUACAGCGGCGUCCCCUCUGUGCAGGGCCGGGUCCUGGAGGUGACGGUGAUGAGCAAGAAGAGCAAGAAGGCCUUCGUGGCGGCCACCAACAUCCGCCUGGACGACGUGCCGAUGGGGACGGAGGAGUGGUUUAAACUGGGGCUCUGCGCUGUGUGAGUGCGGGUUUGCCAUUAAACAUACAGUGAAACAUGGGCUAUUCCAUCCAGCCCUGUUCUAAGGCGCCCACCAACUUCACCACUACAGAAUGCUGGUCAGUGUUAACUACUCUAGUGAUGAUGGAGACAUCAACAGAGGUCGCUGGCAAAAAAAAAAGCUAGAUCGGUGAUGGGUUCAUCAUACACAUUGAGAUUGGAUUUUUAAGUCUCUGAAGCGGUUUGCUCUCUCACCUCUUGCUUGUAAUGGACGGUUGAACUACAUCAAGUGUUUAUAACCUGCUAUAACAUGGACCCGGU